AUGCCUGAAGGAAACGCAGACGAAAUGGAGUCUAAUGCUGAAAAAGUUCAGCCAUUUGACCCUGAAAACCACCCAGAACAGCUUACUGAAAAAAAUAAGCCUGGAAAUCCUUUGUCCAGAUUUUCAACCAGAUUGUCUCAGACAUUCUCGAGAUCCAGCGACUUGGAGGGUCAGAGUCCCGAAGCAUUGUAUUCUGAUCAAUUACAGAAUGCUAUGUCUAACCCUCAAACCGUUGAAAGAAUUCAAACUUUGGCUAGAACUCUUUCACGCAGAACUAAGAAAGAAAUGGAGCAUUUUGAAAUCAAUGAUGAUGAUUUUGAUUUGAAAGCUAUUUUGCAGUUUUUGCAUGCAAAGUCUGAAGAGGAAAACAUUACUUCUUCUGCUGCUGGUGUUGCAUUUAAGGAUGUUGUUGCUUGUGGCAAGGAUAUCAAUGCUGUUUAUGCUCCUACUGUUUACGAAAUGAUUCUUGCUGCUGCUAAUUUUAUUCCUAAUUUGUUUAAAAAGGAUACUACUCCUCACAGAGAUAUCAUUAAGGGAUUUGCUGGAGUUUUGGAAGCUGGUGAAAUGUGUUUGGUUCUUGGUAGACCAGGUGCUGGUUGUUCUACUUUUUUGAAGGUUUUGACUGGUGAAACUGGCGAAUUGACUUCCUUUGACGGUGAAUUUUCUUAUGAUGGUUUAUCUCAUCACGAAAUGAUUCAUCACUUCAAGCCUUACGUCAUUUACAACCCUGAGUUGGAUGAUCAUUUCCCCACCAUUACUGUUAAGGAAACUAUUGAUUUUGCCUUGAAGACCAAGACUCCCAACAAGAGAAUUGAUAAUUUAACUAGAGCUCAAUACGUUAACAAUAUGCGUGAUUUGUGGUGUACCGUUUUUGGUCUUCGUCACACUUAUGCCACUAAUGUUGGUAACGAUUUCAUCAGAGGUGUUUCUGGUGGUGAGCGUAAGCGUGUUUCUAUUGUUGAAGCUUUGGCAUGUAAUGGCUCUAUUUAUGCUUGGGAUAAUGCUACCAGAGGUUUAGAUGCUUCUACUGCUUUGGAAUUUACUCAGGCUAUUAGAACAGCUACCAACAUGUUAAACAAUGCUGCUUUUGUUGCCAUUUAUCAAGCUGGUGAGAAUAUUUAUGAAUUGUUCGACAAGGUUACUGUCAUUUAUUUGGGUAAACAAGUUUACUAUGGUUCUGCCACCAAGGCCAAGGAUUAUUUUGAAAGAAUGGGCUGGCAUUGCCCUUCGAGAAUGACUACACCUGAGUUUUUGACUGCUAUUACUGAUCCGAACGGUAGAACUCCUAAGCCAGGUUAUGAAGGUAAAGUUCCCGAGACUUCUCAAGAAUUUGAGGAGUAUUGGUUAAACUCUCCUGAAUAUCACGAAUUGAUGGCAACUUAUGAUGAUUACGUUCGUAAUCACAAUUAUGACGAAAACCUUCACCGUUUCCAAGUUGCUACCACUGAAAAGAAACAAAAAAUUCAGCGCAAAAGCUCCCCUUUUGUCGUUUCUUAUUUCAAUCAGUUGUAUUACUGUGUUACUAGAGGUUUUCACCGCGCUAAAGGUGAUACCACCUAUAUCUCAAUUUAUAUUGGUUCUUUCUUAGUUAAAGGUUUGAUUGUUGGUUCAAUGUAUUAUAAGAUUCCCGAAGAUACUUCUGGUGCUUAUUCUCGUGGUGGUAUUCUUUUCUACUGUCUUUUGUUUGCUGCUUUGACUUCUUUGGCUGAAAUUGCUCGUUCUUUUGCCAGUAGAAAGAUUACACUUAAACAGAAAUCAUAUACGAUGUAUCAUUUGUCUGCUGAGGCCAUGCAAGAAAUUAUCACCGAGUUACCUGUAAAGGUUGUUGCUGUUAUCAUUCUUUCUUUGCUUUCUUACUGGAUGCCACACUUAAAACAUCAAGCUGGUCCAUUCUUCAUGUAUAUUCUGUUCUUGGUGUUGGUCAAUCAAGUGUUUUCAUUCACUUUCAAGUUGGUCGCCACAUUGACUUAUGAUGGUGAGACAGCCCAUGCUAUUGGUGGCCUCUGGGUUCUUAUGCUUUCGGUUUAUGCUGGUUUCAUUAUGAAAAUGCCUUAUGCUCAUCAUGUUCUGAAAUGGGUUCAUUGGUUAAAUCCCAUGUAUUAUUGUUAUGAACAAUUACUUACCACUGAAUUUCACGGAAGAAUGAUGAAGUGUCAUGAACUUGUUCCUAAUGGCCCAAGCUAUGAUAAUGUCGAUAUUGCUCAUAAGGUUUGCAACCUUUUUGGUUCUGUUGCUGGUCAAGAAUACAUUAAAGGUGAUGAUUAUAUUAAGAAACAAUAUCAAAUGGAAUACAAGCAUACUUGGAGAAAUUUUGGUAUUAAUAUUGCAUGGACUGCUGGAUUCAUUAUUAUGUACUGUCUUCUUUCUGAGUACUUAAAGAAUGUUGUUGGUGGAGGUGAUAUGUUGUUGUAUAAGCGUGGUCAUCUUCCUACUGGUAAGCAGGAAACUGCCGAUGGUAGAGUUGCUACUCGUGAGGAAAUGAUUGUGGCUCUUAACGGUGAAGGUGUUGACUUGGAAAAGGUCAUCGCUGAAAAGGAUGUUUUCUCUUGGCAAAACUUAGAUUAUGUUAUUCCCUACGAUGGUGCUACUAGACAAUUGCUUGAUAAUAUUCAGGGGUUUGUCAAGCCUGGUACUAUGACUGCUUUGAUGGGUGAAUCCGGUGCUGGUAAGACUACUCUGUUAAAUACUUUGGCUCAAAGAAUUAAUUUUGGUGUCAUUACUGGUGAUAUGUUGGUAAAUGGUCGACCAAUUGAUUCUUCAUUCAAGAGAAGAACUGGUUAUGUUCAACAACAAGAUUUACAUUUGUCUGAGUGCUCUGUUAGAGAAUCUUUGAGAUUUGCUGCUGAUUUACGUCGUCCUGUCACUGUUCCUCAAGCUGAAAAGUAUGAAUAUGUUGAGAAGAUUAUUACCUUGUUAGGCAUGAAUAACUAUGCUGAAGCUGUUGUAGGUAAGAUUGGUAGAGGUUUGAACGUCGAACAGAGAAAGAAGUUGUCUAUUGCUGUUGAACUUGUUUCUAAACCGUCUUUGCUUUUAUUCCUCGAUGAACCUACUUCUGGUCUGGACUCCCAAUCUGCUUGGUCUAUUGUUCAAUUUUUGAGAGCUUUGGCCGACUCUGGACAAGCUAUUCUCUGUACUAUCCAUCAACCUUCUGCUACCUUAUUUGAGGUUUUUGACAGAUUGUUGCUUUUGAAAAAGGGUGGCAAGACAGUGUAUUUUGGCAAUAUUGGUGAAAACUCUCAUGAGUUGUUGAAUUAUUUCGAAAGACAAUCUGGUGUUAAGUGUGGUGCUCGGGAGAAUCCUGCCGAAUAUAUUUUGAACUGUAUUGGUGCAGGUGCCACUGCUUCUGCUCAUGAAGACUGGCACGAUCUUUGGAUUAAUUCUCCUGAGUUUGCUUCUAUUUCUGAAGAAAUUACUACUUUGCAUCGUGAGUUGCCCCAGCGACCUGUUGGAAAUUCUGACGAGGAUUUAUCUGCAACUUUUGCUACUCCUUGGUUGCAUCAAUUAUGGGUUGUUUUGAAGAGAACUUUCUUGCAAUUUUGGAGAUCUCCUGUUUAUAUUAGAGCCAAGUUUUUGGAAUGUAUUUGUUGUGCUUUGUUUGUCGGUAUUUCAUACAUUGGAUUGAAUCAUACUGUCGGUGCUGGUAACAGUUCUUUCUCUUCUGUUUUCAUGACUCUUUUGAUUGCUUUGGCUAUGAUUAAUCAGUCCCAUGUGUUUGCCAUGCCUUCUAGAGAACUUUAUGAAGUCCGUGAAGCUGCUUCAAACACUUUCCAUUGGUCUUGCUUGUUGUUGGCUCAUACUUUUGUUGAGAUUUUCUGGUCUGUUGCCUGCCAGUUUAUGUGUUGGAUAUGCUUCUACUGGCCUUUGGUUCAAGGUAAUGGUUCUGUUUCUAGAAACGGCUACUUCUUUUUGACCUUUGUUUUGAUUUUCCCCAUGUACUUUAUGUCUUAUGGUUUGUGGAUUCUUUACAUGUCUCCAAAUGUUCCUUCUGCUUCUAUGAUUAAUUCCAUGUUGUUCGCUGCACUGAUGUUGUUCUGUGGUAUUUUACAGCCUGAACAAUUUAUGCCUGGUUUCUGGACAUUUAUGUACAAGACUUCGCCUUUCACUUAUUUUGUUGACUCAUUUGUUUCUCCUCUUGUUCACAAGAGAAAGACCAUUUGUGCUCCUAAUGAGUUUUUGAGCUUUCCUCCCCCCGAGGGUAUGAACUGUGGUUCUUAUUUGGCUGCCUUUAUGAAUGAAUCUACUACUACUGGUUAUAUUCAGGAUUCUCUUGCUACAGAUUUGUGCCAGUACUGCCCAUUCAGCGUUCAAGAUGAGGUUGUUGCUCAAUUUAAUGUCAAGUGGCAUCACAGAUGGAGAAAUUUCGGUUUCUUCUGGGUUUAUAUUUUCUUCAACUUUGUUGCUAUGUUGUUUUGCUAUUGGGUAUUUAGAGUUAAAGUCUGGAACCUUAAGUCUAUUUUGGAUUUCAAGACAUGGUUUAACGGUCCUCACAAAGAUAGACAUGAAAGGGAUACUACCAUUUUCCAAACUCGCCCUGGUGACGAUAAAAUUCUUAAGCCUAAACAGGAGUAA